GUCGCUAAUGUGUACUGUUGUUGGGAUUUUGUCGAGCCAUUACUGUUGUCGUAAGAGGAAGUAGUUGGAAUUCGUUGAGGCAAAAAUUAACAAUUGAUUUUUCGUUUCAAAUAAAUCUUAAAAAGUUCCACAUUAAAUCUUUGCUUAAUAAACCAGCGGCGAAUCAGACACCUCGUUCUCCAAGGAUCUCCACUGCACGCCAACGCUGAGUUUGCUUUUGUUUUGCCCGCUUUUUCCAUUAAGCUUAAUUGAAUUUGAAUUGAAUUGUACCUGAAUGCGUAAGCAUACACACAUAUACAAUUCGUACAUAUAAAUUUAACGUCACGAGCGUGUAAAGCAGGCAAGCAGAGUCAAUAUAAGUUUCAACAAUUGAUAUAUAAUCUGCAACACAACAUAUAUACACGUACAGUCAUUGACGUGCGCCCACAGCGACCUAGAGGAGACAAAUUGUUGUUAUUAUUAGUGUCAGGAUAUUUACUAGCAAAACUUGUACUCGUAUUGUCAGUUAGUUGGCUACUUUUGUGGUUAACAACAAGCAACAGUAUGUCUAUUGCUCCAGUGAUAAUUGAGGCAACCGUCAAGCAUACGUCAACGCUCAUCUUUCUGCAUGGCCUAGGUGAUACCGGUCACGGAUGGAUUCCAGCAUUGGCAACAAUACGUCCGCCCAGUAUGAAAGUCAUCUGUCCGACAGCACCAACGAUGCCGGUUACGUUAAAUGCCGGUUUUCGUAUGCCGUCUUGGUUUGAUUUACGUACCUUAGAUAUAUCAGGUCCUGAAGAUGAAGAGGGAAUUAAAAGUGCUGCUCAAAAUAUUAAAGCUAUGAUUGAUGAUGAAGUGACUAGGGGUAUUGCAGCCAAUCGUAUUUUGCUUGGUGGUUUCUCACAAGGUGGCGCAUUAGCACUAUUUACGGCGUUGACAUACAAUCAACCAUUGGCCGGUGUUGUAGCGCUGUCGUGUUGGUUGCCCUUACACAAACAAUUUCCGGGUUUGAAAACUAAUGCCGAUGACAUACCAAUAUUCCAAGCGCAUGGUGACUUUGAUCCUGUUGUGCCGUACAAAUUUGGGCAGUUGAGUGCUAGCUUAUUGAAAUCAUUUAUGAAAAAUGUGACAUUUAAAACAUACAAUGGGGUAUCACAUACCUCAUCUGAAGAAGAAAUGGACGAUGUGCGGGAAGUGCUGGCCUCUUGGAGUGGUGACGAUAGGAACAGAAAAUCUUCAAAGCUGGAUGUUAGCGGAAGUGCUACAGCUCAGUGUUGUUUAAUAUCAUAGUAGCAAAUCUGUCAGUGAUUUUCUUUGAUGAUGUAAUGUAAUGAUGAUGAUGAUGAUGGUGAUGAUAAUGCAUGUGUGUGAGGCACAAAAAACACAUUUUAUUAAUGCAGAAAGCCGCAACUCAGAAACGUGAAAUUGAAAUACGUAAAUAUGUUUUAAACUAAAUGAAGGUAUACAACAACAACAAAAAAACAACAACUCAAACAUUUUUCUAGCAGCUAUUCAUUGCUAUGCAAGAAUAGCAAUAACCUUCGAUUUGCAUAUUUGUAAAACUAUAUAUUCUGCGUGCAUUUUUACUAACACGCAUUACAAAGAUCCUUAAAAGACUAUUUAAUAAUUUUUGCACUAUUUUACAUUUGGCGCAACAUAUUUAUUUGUUUGUAUUUAGAAGUAGUUUAAAAGUAGAUGAAGAUUCUGCUGUUAAAAGUUGUUAUAACUGAAACGUAUACCUUUAACGUACAUAUACAUACAUACAUAGCGUAGCGCGACUGAACUAUAUUAUUAACUUAAUACUUACUAUUAAAAAUAGCAAAUUGUGAAGUUGAAGAAGUUAAAAAAAAAAAAAAAAAAGGAAAAUU